AGUGAGGCUUGCAGAGGGCGCGAAGGGCUGCGCCCAGCCGUGGACAGAGGCCGCGAACAAGGGGUCGGAGCCACCGUCGCGUCCCGCUCUGGCCCUCCGUCGGCGGCGGCUUCGCCCUGCCCCGCGCCGUCGGAGCGCGGCUCGCUGCCGGCCGGGCUCGCCCCGCACGCCAAUCAGGGCGGCCCGCCUGCCUUCCUGUAGGUGUGCCCGGCUCACCUGGGAGCCUCGGCACUCAUGACAUACCUGCGGCCCCGCGGGCGGCGGGGAGACUGCGGCCGGCUGCUGAGGACGAGGGGGGGCGGCGGAGGAGGCAGCGGCGCCAGGGCGAGCAGCGCUAGCCCCGGCACGGCGAUGUGAGCCCGGCGCAGGAGGAUGUGCCACUGAUGGAGUCUGAAGAAACCAGUGAGGGAGGUACCACUCCCCCAGAAGCCAGCAGCGCCACUGGGGAAGCUUGGGAUUCUACAGCAGUCGAAAGAGAGCAUCAUGCCCCUUGUGCCUCAGCCAAAAUGAACACCAGCAUGUCUGACUCUGCAAAAGGAGCAGAGCUCAGCACUCCCAAAGACUGCCUUGCUGCUCCAGGGAAAGCAGCAGAGAUGCUGCGCAGACCCUCUAACCCUGUGCAAACAAUGCCAGCAGGACUGGAACAAGAGCAAGGUGAUGCAGAGCCUCAAAAGGGAGUCUCAGAAUUGGAGGAAGAAAUGCUUUUAGAGGAGGGUGAACUGCAUUGUUCUCUGAAACUUCAGCAAGUAACGCUGGUUGACCUGGAAAGCAACCAGGACUCUUCCUUUCUCAGGACAGUCCAGGAUGGGCUGGCCCCUGGCAAUGCCAUCCUGCAGGCUGUGGACCUCAGCGCUGAGUUUUCUCAAUGCCAGGCAGAACUGGCUUUUCAUGGCUCAGACUCUCAGGCCCAUCAUCUGAAAUCUCCUUUGGCUGAUGCCACUUCCUCUCAGAGAGAGACAUCUAAGUGCUUGUUGGUGUGUAAAACUGUUUCAGAGGGGCAUUAUAAGGCUGAACCAUUACUGGAUAAGAUCUCCACGGAUUCUUUGCAGGAGAUUGAUGCUGGUGCAGAGCAAAAGCAAAGCAGCGAAAAAGUGGCACCAGCAACUGAUGAGCAGCCUACCUCAGAGGAAGCAGUAGAGGGCAUGGCUAAACCUUACACUUCUGAAGAUGCUCAGGAAAGUGUAAGAGCACUCAAGAGUUUAGAAGAGAACAUAGAGUCUUCCUCUUCCCAUCAGUUGUCUUCCACCUUAAGAGAUGACAACCAAGAAAGUUCACUACAAGCAGAAGGAAACUUCUCAGCUGGUGAAACAAGAAAUAGCACUAUCAUCACAAACCAGGGAACAGUAAUGGUUCCUGAAGAAAACUCAUCCACUUCUAAAUGCCUUCAUCUUGAAAAUGAUCACAGAAAAACAGAGGGCAGACCAGCCUCUCCAGCAGAGAGUGCCUUCCAAGUAAAGGACAUUGCUAAAAAACAUGAGGAAGUGAAUACUUCACAGCAUAAGGAACCAGCACAGGAGGAGGCAGUGUCAGAACUUCAGCAGGAAGAGGAGUGCAAAGGGCAGAAUUUGCCAGAAGGAGGAAAAUCUUCAGAGUCCAAAGAUCAGAAAAACAAGGAACAAAUUAAGCAGGAGCAACAGCAGAGGGAAAAGCUCAAGCUGGAGGCUUUAUCAUCAGCUUUUGGGUCAGAGAUAUCUUCUGUUCACAGGCAUAAUAUGGACCUGUGUGGUUUGGAGAAUGUUUUCUUGGCUGAGCAAACAGGAUCAGCAUUUCCUCCUGGGGAACGUGUCUCUGGGGAUCAGCAUUCUGGUGAUGUACUGCUGAAAGCUCGUGUUGCAGAAGCAGGUUGUGGGUCUCGGCCACCUGCGGUUAGCCCUCUGUCCUCAAAUAACCUGAACCCAGGGGGUGAGACUCCAGUGGUGCCUCCACACACAUGCUACAUCUCUGACCAGGCGGAAGACCUGGAAGACUCUGGCCGGUUUUCCAUUGGUGGUCAGGAUGUUGGAGAAGCUGACUGGGAUGACAGGACAAGACUGGGUAGGGAGGAUGAGUACAGUGAUGGACAUGGAAAGGGUGUCCAUAGGUUUGAGAAAAGAGAUGCACCACCCCAUGGACGAGUGGCAGCAUCUUCUAGCACAGAGGAUCCAGAGACUUCUGUUACAGCACACCCUUCCUCUGGUACCAAGAAUUUAGAGCUACCUGAUACCAUGGAUCUUCAUCCUAUUACAGAAAAUUUGGGAAAAGCUGAGCUUCAGGACUUCAUUCCAGCUUUACCCUCAGAGCUCACCUCUGUGGUUUCAACAUCUGGCACACAGCAAGAGGGUGGUAGUGGAACAGCCUCUGUGGCUCCUGAGGACCAUCCUGUCUCUAACCUGAACAAACUGCUAGACUCAUUAGAGAAGCCAGAUGCUGCUUCUGUACAAGUGUGGGACCCAACAUCAGGGGAAGAAACUGCUAUUGGGAGUACUGAUCCAGGAGAGGCUGAUGCUUCACAUCAACUCCUUACUUCUGAGGAAAGCUUUCACGAAGACCUUAGUGGCCCAUCUUCUCUCUCUGUAAUGUGCACGAGCUGCCUUCCUCUAGAGGGAAUCCCUCCUGAGGAUAGGAGGACUCUGGAUAUCAUUGCAGGGCCUUUGGAACCACUACAAACACUAGGCAGGACUUCCACUCCCCUGAACCACCCAGGGACAGUUCAGCAAACCCCCCCAGAAAAAAGUGCCAUUAUCCAAGGAAAAGAAAUGGAAGCAAAUGUGGAUCAUGAAGCACAACAAAUGCCUUUACUUGAUCAGUCUGACUGCAGUGUAAACCAAGAAGAGCCUGGAUCCAGAAUCUCCAGAGUCCUGAGCAACCUCACUUGGCCUUCUGAAGAAGAUAUGGUCCAUGCCAUGAACCAGCCAAAACAAUCUCUGUCCCAUGUGUCCCACUCAAGCCUACCUCUGGUGUCUGAGACUGAUGCCAAACAGCUUGUUCAUCCUCCUUCCAUUGUCCAAAGACCCCGUCAAGCUCAGGCCCCUGCAUUUUAUGCAAACCACCUUACUCAACCUCCAGCCCUUGAAAGUUACCAGCCACUGGCUCCUGUAAUCUACUCCAUGUCACAUCUCAGCUGCGGUAUGGAGGAUAAUAAGUUACUGUCCAUUCACCCUGCUAUAAGCCAUUCUGUACGGACUGCCACCUCUGUGUCUGAUUCUAACACUGUGGCCUCUGCUUCUGAUGGAGACCAUGUAGCAGAAGAUGACCUUGUUCCAUUAACUAGAGAGUGGGAGCUUGGUGAUUCAGGUACCCAUGAUACAGAGACUUCUGAUGACUCAGGGGUCAGUUUGUUAGCCAAAAGCUUUUCUGCUGUUGGAAAUGAAGCAUUGGCUGGAUGCUCUGAAACAGUGUACCAGCACAUGGAUAUGCAGUGUGGAAAAUCCCCACCUGACGACCAUUCGUGGCCCUCGCUGGAAGGCCUGAUAACAUCCACAGGCUCCAAGAACAGAAACUCUGCACAGCCACUUCCAAUGCUGGCAUUCACCAAUCCAAUCCACUUCCUCCAGCUCAGCCCUCCAUCACCACCAACCACCAGAAGGACCUGCCAAGAGGAGGACGUCUCUGGGGAUCUGCAAUGGGAACAACAGGCAGGCAUCUUUGGUAUGGACACAAAGAACAUCAAAGCUCCAUUAGCAAUCACAGAGAAAAUGGAAGGUGAGAGGAGGGUCAAGCAAAGGCUAGAAGGAGAAGGGGGAGAACGCCACUUGGUUGCUCAGCCAAAGGAGGAAGUGCGCAGACAUUCACCCUUGGAAAAAUCAUCAAGUUGGCCUGACAAAAAAACAACCGGGGUCGUUGCACAGGAGCCAGCAGCCCAUCAAGAACACCCAAUUAAACGCCGAGUAAAAAGCAAGGACUGGCACCGUCAGGGCCUGAAGAGGAUGUCAGUACCCCCAGACAUCUUGCAGGAAAUUCCUACUGUUCCUUCAGAGGAAGAAGCUCACAAGUCACACAGGGAGCUACCGGUCAGUUCAGAGACAGUUAUAUUGCGAGAGAAGAAACCUGCAGAUGCAAUGGAGAACUUCAAGCGCCGGCACUCCAAACUGAUCAACUCCUCAAGAUUGCUGUAUCAGGAGUACAGUGAUGUGGUGCUGAACAAGGCCAUUCAAAGCCAGAAGAGAGUGGAUUCUUUCUCAGAGGAUAUAGAGUCAAGUUUUCCAAGUUCCCCACGGCUACGGAGGAAAGUGCUGUCUCCCCAGGACUCAUAUUUGCAGCGUCUGUCAGUCUCAUCUAACGCGUCCCUCUGGCAGGACAUCCCCAUGAUACGGGGCAGCAGAAUGCUUCUCAAUAUGUCCCGUGAUGAGCAAAAGCUGCAAGAGGCCAAGUUUGAGUUGAUAAUGUCUGAGGCUUCGUACCUGCGCAGUUUAAACGUGGCAGUGGACCACUUCCAGCGGUCAGCAGAGCUCCAGGCAAUGCUCACCAACCAAGAGCGUCAGUGGCUCUUCUCCCGCCUUCAGGAUGUACGUGAUGUCAGUGCAAGUUUCCUCUUUGACUUGGAGGAGAAAUUUGAAGAGGACAUGUUCACCUUCCAUGUGUGCGAUGUGGCUCUGAAGCAUGCCCCUGAGUUCCGCAGGGUGUAUCUACCAUAUGUAACAAACCAGACAUACCAGGAGCAGACCUUCCAGCGGUUACUAAAUGGAAACGCAGGGUUCCAGCAAGUCCUGGAGAGACUGGAAAGUGAUCCAGUAUGCCAGCGCCUCUCACUGAAAUCCUUCCUCAUCCUCCCUUUCCAGCGCAUCACUCGACUCAAACUCCUCCUACAGAAUAUCCUGAAGAGAACUCGGCCUGGAUCUGAGGAGGAAGUACAAGCAACACAGGCAUAUGAUGCACUUGAAAAGCUCAUCAAGGAUUGCAAUGAAAAUGUCCAGCGCAUGAAGAGCACUGAAGAGCUGAUCUACCUCAGCCAGAAGAUUGAAUUUGAGUGCAAGAUAUUUCCACUCAUCUCACAGUCCAGGCGGCUUGUGAAGUGUGGUGAGUUGACAGCACUGGACUUCAACACCCUGAGUCCAAAAUGGAAAGUCACCACCCGUCCCAUCUACCUACAUCUUUUCAAUGACUGUCUGCUCCUGUCUCGGCCCAAGGAGGGUGGACGUUUUGUUGUGUUUGAUCAUGCUGCUUUCUCAGAUGUGCGUGGGGAGAAGUGCGAGAUGAAACUGCAUGGAACAAACAAAAAUGUUUUUCGCCUCUUUCUACUUCAGAAUUACCAGGGAAAGAGAGUGGAGUUUUUGUUUCGUACAGAGACACACAGUGAGAAGUUGAGGUGGAUCUCUGCUUUGGCUCCUCCACGAGGAGAACUGGACCUCCUGGAAUGCCCUGAUGCACCACAGGUUCAAUGCAUAAAGACUUACAAGGCUCGGGAAAAUGAUGAGCUGGCUUUGGAGAAAGCAGAUAUCAUCAUGGUUAUGCAGUACAGCAAUGAUGGAUGGAUAGAAGGAGUAAAGCUCUCAGACCGGGAGAGAGGCUGGUUCCCCUCGGAACAUGUGGAACUCAUCUCCAGCAAACAUGCACGACAGAAGAACCUGAAGGAGGAACAACGUGUGAAGAAUGCCAAGCAGCAGGUCUUCUGCAAGAAAUAAGACUCUUUGGACAUGUACAGUCUCCCUGCCACAGGGAAACCAUCUUUUUUCUAUUGUGCCUCAGAAGAAACGCCUCUGCGAAGAGCAUAAUACAGCACUUUGACAGAAUCAGGUGUUUUUUGCCAAAGAAAGUGGGAAUUCAAUCAGGAGAAAUCAUUCACUUCCUCUGUAUCACCAGGACUACGGCAGCAGUAGGAGGAAAAAAAGUUGCAUGUGUUGCUUGCUUUGUGGUAGCAGGGAGGGACUUCAAUUGGACAGAGAUCUGGGAUCUGGACCUCUGAAAAUAUGUUCCUGGUUUUGACACUGACAAGUUGCAGGACCUUGGGCAAGUCACUUCAGAAUUCUGCAUCAUUCUUCCCAUCUGUGAAAUGGGGGUAAACUUACCUACCUCACUGGAUGUUGUGAGGCUAAAUUCGCUAGUAUUAGUAUACUAAGAGCUUUGAGUUCCUGAGAAGGAAGGUGCUAAGUGCAAAGCACAACAGAGUUGAGAGUUUUUCAUUUGAAAAUCCUCCUGAUAUCUUGAUGGUAUUGAUCUCCAUAGUGUAAUUGCCACUUAGAACAAUUUAUCUAUUUGAUCGUGCAAGUCUACUGUUUUUUAGAUAGGCAAACAUUUCAUCUUACCUAAAAUUAACUCUGUCUCGGCAUACUGGGGAAGAGUCCUUGACAGCACUAGGAAAUCCACUGGACUUAAGCAAAGUUAUUGGAAGCCACUGUGAUGACUUCCCCCACCGUAAGAGGUAUCAAGCUGAAGAAUCUGUUUCACAAAGGUCACCUCUCUUCUGAACAAGUGUCCCAAUAAGCCAUCUGAAGUGAUUCUGUUUUACUCCGCGUCCCACUAAAGUGUAACAGUGACUUUUGACGAAGAUUUUUCUAUGUGUUGGUACAUGCCCUGUACAAAAUAACCAUGACUAGGUAUAUGCAAUGAAGUGGCACUUUCCUGCUGCUCUUAAUCUGAUAGCUGACGUGGUAUUGCAUGCACCAUUUUGCACACUUAUAGAAAACACUGAGAUAUUUAGCCACUGUAGAUAAAGUCAAAAUAUGUACCAGGGACUUUGUUCUUUUUUAGAACUCUCUGGUUUUAAGUCCAGUUUACAUGCAGUCCUGCUUUUGUGCAGAACCUGUCUAUUUGAGGAUAUGCUUUCAACUGUAAAAUACUGUUUCUUUGUUAAAGUGUUUGCAUUCAGUCAAUGCAAGAUCAAGUAGAAGAAUCAAUACACCAAAGAAAGCAAUGUGUAGCCUUCUUGCAUUUAAUAUAUUUGAAGAAUUGGUUGUCUUCACAUCUCUAGCGUUCUUUCUCUGUAACAUUCUGCCUUUAAUUUCCAUUUAUGGUGUAUCUAGUAUAGCUUAUUACAGCCUAUUUAUAUCAAUUAUUUUAGCUGGAUUAAAAAACCUGUUGCUUUCAGUCCUAAUAAACUCAUGCACUUCUCCAGUUAAAAUAAAUUUGUUACUUAGGUUUUCAUCUCAAA